CUUUUUUGAUGCUUUUUCCCCCACUUGGGACAGCCUGCUACUGCUGACUUGUAAGAUAAAUUGCAAGGCAACUAGCAGUGGAUAUGGCUGGUUGUCUGCAAAAAUCCCCACUUUGUCAAAAGUGGGCAGCUUUAAGAUGCCUGCUUGUGACAUUUUCUCUGAGCUUCUGUUUCGCCUCAGUAGACGCAGAGCCGUUUGACCCAACUCACCUUUAUCACCACAGAUCUGGACCUAAUGAAGACAACAUCAUUAUCGCUAACAAUGGGAUCAGGGUGCCUUUAGGGAAGUCUGUGUUUCUUGACCCUCUGAAUGACCUGGUAACAGAAGUGCAGCCUGGUGACCGCUGCCACAUCACAGUUUUGGACAAUGACCCACUGGCCCAGAAACCUGGGAUGCUGACCCCUAAAAAGUUCCCCUGUUCAUUUGGACCAGAUGAAGUGAAAUACACUCAUUUUGGUUCUCGGAGCCCCAGCAAGGAUCGUGUGAAGCUGCAGCUUCGUUACGACUCCCAGACGGACACAGUUAUCAUCCCUUUCAUGCUGGAAGUGGAAGUGGUUUUCCAGCAGCUUGAGAUCCUCACCAGGAACAUGCCGCUUAAUGUUGAAAAGCUCAGUGGUGACAGCAACCCUAUUGACAAAAAGGGUCUGGAGUUUUCCUUUGAGGACGGGGUCACACAGUGUAAGAUCGCCACACUGGUCGGCGCUGGAGGUCUUCCCAGGUAUGGCACUCUUUUGAAUAACCCCUCAAAUGGCCAAAUGGUUGACUGUGAUGAGUUUGUGAAACAGGGCAUUCGCUACAAGCACACAGCUAAAACCAACUCACCAAACAGAGACUAUGUUCCAAUGAUGGUAGAACUGCAGGAUAUCGAAGGCAACACCAUAAUGCAAGAGCAUUUCCAAAUGAUGAUUAGAAUCAGAGAGGGUGCGGAGAAUACUGCUCCUAAACCCAGCUUUGUAGCCAUGAUGAUGAUGGAGGUUGAUCAGUUUGUGAUGACAGCUAUUACAAGUGACAUGCUGGCUGCUGAAGAUGUUGAAUCUGACCCAGAUGAUUUAAUCUUUAACAUUACUACACCGCUGAGCCAUCAGCAGGGCUAUAUCAUCAGCACAGAUGAUCAGAACCUGCCUAUCACCUCUUUCUAUCAGAGAGACAUCAAAGAUCUUAAAAUAGCAUAUAAGCCACCCUCAGAGGACUCAGAAGUAGAGAGGAUUUUCCAGCUAGAGUUUGAAGUUGUAGACACCGACGGGGCUGUGUCUGAUACAUUUGCUUUUAUGAUUGUGGUGAAGCCUAUGAACACCUUGGCUCCUGUGGCGACCAAAAAUACAGGGCAGCUAUUGUUUGAAGGGCAGUCCAGAGCUCUCUCCAGUGCCCACAAUUUAGAGAUUAGUGAUGAGGACAAUCUGGAAGAUGUGAGAAUAACUGUUGUUGAUGGCUUAAAGCAUGGAGACCUAACCGUGCUCGGAGCACGAAGGAAAUUCUUUUCACCUGCUGAUCUAGACGCCGGCAUUGUGGUUUACCAGCAUGACGGCAGCGAUACCUAUAGCGACAACAUUAUUUUUAGAAUGACUGAUGGCAGUAAUGAUGUGGAGUUUUUGUUCCCUAUCACUAUUGUUCCCACUGACGAUGAGCCGCCUAUUAUCAAUGCCAACACCGGCCUGGUGCUAUUCAAAAAUGAAGUCAUGCAGAUCUCUCCCUUCAUCCUGAGCGCCACAGAUAUUGAUUCAGAAGACUCCACCAUUAAGUUUGUCUUGGAGGCGCCCUACUCAACUGUAGGGGAGCUCCUGCUGAGGCAAGUGGAGCCUCCCUCCGACCCGUCUCUCUGGAAGUUCAGUGAGACAGAUGAGAUGUUUGAGCAGGUGGUAACUGAAUGGUUUCAGCAGGAUAUUAUGGAGGGAAAGCUGUUCUACCGUCAUGUCGGACCCCAUAGCAUUACCACUGUGAUUGAUCAGUUUUUGUUCCGGGUCCAAGAUGACAAUGACCCUCCUAAUCAAUCUGGCGAACACAUGUUCACCAUCAAAAUCCAUCCUGUUGAUGACCUUUCCCCAGAGCUUUUUCCGGGCACCACCCUUCACAUGACAGUCCAGGAGUACGAGCUAACACACUUCAAGAAGAAAUUCUUAUAUUACAGUGAUCUAGAUUCAGAUGAUAGGGACCUGAAGUAUACCAUCAUUAAGCCCCCAACUGACACAGAUGAGAACAAUCCAGCCCCCUUAGGUGAUAUUGUACUGACUGACAGCCCAGACACUGUAAUUACAGAGUUCACACAGGCCCAGGUUAAUCACCACAAAGUAGCUUACAAGCCUCCAGACCAGGAGCUGGGCAUCACUCCAAAAGUGGCUCAGUUCACAUUCAUUGUGGAAGACACUUCUGGUAACACAAUAGAUGGACUAUUCACCAUUUUCCUACAGCCAGUGGACAACAAACCCCCACUUAUCACCAACACAGGGUUCACUGUAUUGGAAAGAAGUACAUAUAUCAUCACUAGGAAAGAGCUGCAUGCCACAGACACAGACACAGAUGAUGAAAAUAUCAUCUUCACUGUGACCCAGAUUCCUCGGUACGGGCAGCUGCAGUAUCUGGGGAUCGAUAUGACAAACGGAGAAACAUUUGUACUUGAAGACAUUGCAAAUGGUCGCCUAACUUACAUCCACGGUGGAGAGGAAUCCCUCAGUGACGUCAUCAAGAUUGAUGUCAGUGAUGGUUAUCAUGAGGUGCCCAUCAUCAUUAGGAUCACUGUUGAACUAGUUGAUGACGAGACCCCCAAGAUUAUGCUCCCAGCCGGUCUGCUUGGGGCAGCCAUCGAUGUACUGGAGAAUGGAGCCACAGAGAUUACAAGUAAUGUCAUUCAGGGCCGUGAUGAAGACACAGAUGACCUCAUACUCACUUUUAUUGUUGAGGAGCCUCCCAGGCUUGGGGAGAUCCUGGUUAAUGGUGCUCCCGCUGAGAGAUUCACCCAGGAAGACAUCAUCAAUGGGGCAGUGGUGUAUGCACACACAUCCGGUGAAAUCGGACCAGUCAAAGAAUACGACUCCUUCAACCUCACUCUGUCUGAUUUGUCUGAGCAGUGGGUUGUUGGUGGCAACAAGGUCCAAGGAGUGACAGUUUACGUCACCAUCCUUCCUGUUGACAGCAUUCCACCUAUAGUCAGUGUUGGAGAGCAGUUUGUUGUACUGGAAGGGGAGAAGAAUGUCAUUACUCUGGAACACAUUCAAGCUGAGGAUAUCGACACUGACAAUGAAGAUAUCCUGUGCACCAUCAUCGUCCAACCAACAUCUGGUUAUGUGGAGAACAUCUCCCCAGCUGCUGGCUCUGAAAAAUCCAGGGCUGGGACAGCCAUCACUGCCUUUAGCAUUAAAGACAUUGCCAUCGGCCAUAUCUUCUAUGUCCAAAGCAUCCAUAAAGGAGUUGAACCCGUUGAAGAUCGUUUCACCUUCCGUUGCUCAGACGGUAUAAACUUCUCUGAACGCCACUUCUUCCCCAUAGUCAUCAUUCCAGCCAAUGAUGAGAAGCCGGAGAUUUUCAUUCGUGAGUUUUUGGUAAUGGAGGGCAUGAGUAUCAUCAUUGACACACCAAUUCUGAACGCGGCUGAUGCUGACAUCCCUGGGGAUGAGCUGCACUUUGAGAUCAUCAAAAACCCAAAACACGGUACGAUAGUUCAGCAGCUCAGCACUGGCACCAUCCCCGUGGAAAAAUUCAAUUUGGAACAGAUCAAAGAGGGAUCCAACAUUGUCUAUGAACACGACGACUCAGAGACCAAAGAGGACAGCUUUGUGAUCAGACUCUCAGAUGGGAAACACUCAGUGGAGAAAACCGUUCUUAUCAUGGUCAUUCCAGUUGAUGAUGAGACCCCAAGGAUGGCUAUAAAUGAUGGCCUUGAUGUUGAAAUCGGAGAGACAAAAGUCAUCAGCAACCGGGUUUUGAAAGCCACAGAUUUUGACUCUGAAGACAAAGAACUAACAUAUGUUGUGCGUUACGGCCCAAGCCAAGGCUACCUUCAGCGCAUCAGCAAGUUUGGUAAUGUUUUAGGUAAUAUCACCCUCGGGAUGAACUUCACACAGGACGAAAUUGACAGACAGCUCAUUCAGUAUGUACACACUGGCCAGGAGGGAAUCCGUGACCUGCUGAAGUUUGACGUCACAGAUAGCAUCAAUCCCCUAAUUGACCGUUACUUUUACAUCAACAUUGGAAGCAUUGACAUGGUCUUUCCAGAUGUUAUCAACAAAGGUGUGACUCUAAAAGAAGGAGGAAGAGUAACUCUUACCACUGACCUCCUCAGCACAACUGACAUCAACAGUCCUGAUGAAUUCCUCACCUUUAGCAUCACAAGAGCACCUAGUAGAGGCCACUUAGAGAGCACUGACCUACCAGGUGUUCCCAUUUCCACAUUCACCCAACUGCAGCUUGCUGGCAACAAGAUCUACUACAUCCACACCUCUGAUGAUGAGAUGAAAAUGGACAGCUUUGAGUUUGAGGUGACAGAUGGUUACAAUCCUGUCUUCCGUACCUUCAGAGUGUCCAUCACUGAUGUAGAUAAUAAGAAACCUGUCUUGACCAUAAGCAAACUGGUUGUGGAGGAGGGAGAAACCAAGCUCAUCACACCGUUUGAGUUGACAGCUGAGGAUCGUGACACCCCAGACAACCUGUUGCGAUUCAUAGUCACCCAGGUGCCAGUGCACGGGCAGCUGCUUUUCAACAAAACAAAACCAAUCUCAACCUUUUCCAAGCAGGACCUAAACGAGAACCUUAUCAGCUAUAAGCACGAUGGCACUGAGACCAACGAAGACAGCUUCUCCUUCACUGUCACAGAUGGCACUCAUAAUGAUUUUUAUGUCUUUCCUGACACUGUGUAUGAGACACGCAAGCCUCAGAUGAUGAUCAUUCACAUCAACACUGUGGACAACGGUGUGCCCCAGAUCGUGGUUAACAAAGCUGCUGCCUCACUGAAGGUCCUCCAAACAAGCCACCUUGGCUUUGUGAUCACCAGCAAGGCCCUUCGAUCAGAGGACCGGGACAGUUCCCAGAGGGUCCUGAAAUACACUGUGUCUGAGGCUCCUCUGCACGGCUUCAUCAUGAACUCUGCCCUGGGCAACGACAGCAUCAAGACCUUCACACAAGCUGAUAUUGAUGACAUGAAGAUCUGUUACGUGCUGUUGGAUGGGAGCAACGCCACAAGUGAUAUCUUCUACUUCACUGUUGAAGACAACGGCAAAAACAAACUAAAGCCUCAGCCGUUCAGGCUCAACUGGGCCUGGAUCUCUCUGGAGAGAGAAUACUAUUUGGUGGAUGAGGACGCAAAAUUCCUGGAGGUGACACUCAAACGCAGAGGAUACCUUGGAGAAACCUCCUUCGUCAGUAUUGCCACCAAGGAUGGAACAGCUGAGAAGGACAAAGACUUCCGUGGCAAAGCCCAGAAGCAGGUCCAAUUCAACCCAGGACAGACUACGGCGACCUGGAAGGUGAAGAUCUUCACAGACCAGGAGUUUGAGACCUCUGAGACUUUCCAGAUACAGCUGUCGGACCCGGUCAUGGCUGUGCUGGAGUUUCCAGACAUCGCAACAGUAGAGAUUGUGGAUCCUGGAGAUGAAUCGACUGUCUACAUUCCUCAAGCAGAGUUCAAGAUUGAGGAGGAUGUUGGAGAGCUGUUAGUUCCAGUGAGGCGAUCAGGAGAUGCCAGCCAGGAACUCAUGGUUGUUUGUUACACUCAGCAAGCCACGGCCACCGGCACCAUACCCAGCACUGUGCUGUCCUACUCUGACUACAUCACCCGACCGGAGGACCACACCAGCGUGCUGCGGUUCGACAAGGAUGAGCGAGAGAAACUCUGUCGCAUCAUCAUCAUCGAUGACUCCCUGUAUGAGGUGGAAGAGAGCUUCAACGUCACCCUCAGCAUGCCCAUGGGCGGCCAGGUGGGCGCCAACUUCCCAACCGCCAAGAUCACCAUCUUGGCUGAUAGCGAUGAUGAGCCCUCGCUGUAUUUUGGGGAACCCGAGUAUUUCGUGGAUGAGAGUUCAGGCUACGUUGAGGUGAAGGUCUGGAGGACAGGGACCGACCUGUCCAAGACGGCUACUGUCACCGUCCGCUCCAGGAAGAGUGAGCCUGUCUCUGCAGAAGCUGGACUAGACUACGUCGGCAUCAGUCGCAACCUAGACUUUGCUCCCGGAGUGACAAUGCAGACUUUCAGAGUGACCAUCCUGGAUGACUUGGGUCAGCCGGAGCUGGAGGGGCCUGAGACCUUUGACCUCGUGUUAAGGAUGCCCAUGAACGCUGUGCUGGGAGAACCGAGCAAGACCACCAUCACCAUCAAUGAUACAGUCACCGAUGUGCCCAAGGUUCAGUUUAAGGAAGGAAGCUACAAGGUGGAGGAGUCUGAUGGAGAGGUGACAGCCAUAGUGUACCGCAGUGGAGACAUCAGCCUCAGGUCAACAGUUCGCUGUUACACUCGCCAGGGCUCUGCUCAGGUCAUGAUGGACUACAGUGAAAGACCCAAUAACGACGCCUCUGUCAUCACCUUCUUACCAGGUGAAACUGAGAAGCCGUGUGUGGUCAGCCUGAUGGACGACUCCGUCCACGAGGAGGACGAGGAGUUCCGCCUCGUCCUGGGAACUCCCAAGAGCAAGUCACCGUAUGGAGCUUCUAUUGGGGAGCAGAAGGAGGCGCUGGUCACAGUCACGGAUGGGAAAGAUAAGCCCAUCAUCCGUUUCUCUGAGAUCAAGUACAGUGUGCGUGAACCGCAGGUCAAAGGUAACGUGGCUGUAGUGAAAAUUCCCAUCCUGCGUGUUGGAGACACCUCAAAGGUUUCAGUGGUGAGAGUGCACACCAAGGACGGUUCUGCAACCUCCGGAGAGGACUACAACCCACUGUCAGAGGAUGUUGAGUUCAAGGAGGGCGAGAAGGAACACUUUGUGGAGAUUGAGGUCCUGUAUGACGGUCAGAGAGAGAUGAGAGAGGCCUUCACUGUACACAUGAAGCCUGAUGACAACAUGGUGGCUGAAAUACAGAUGAACAAGGCCAUUGUGUACAUUGAGGAGAUGGACAGUGUGGCGGACGUUACCUUCCCUGCAGUGCCCCAAGUGGUUUCCCUGCUCAUGUAUGAUGACACAGCUAAAACCAAAGACAAGCCCCAACCGCCCAAUGGUUACCCUGUUGUGUGUGUGACGGCUUGCAACCCAAAGUACCACGACUUUGACAAAACCGGCUCAAUCUGCUCUGCGGAGAACAUCAACGACACUCUCACUCAGUAUCGCUGGAUGAUCAGCGCCCCCACCGGGUCAGAUGGAGUGACCAGCCCCAUGAGGGAGGUGGACACUAAUACGUUCUUCACCAACACCAAGUCCAUCACUUUGGAUUCGAUCUACUUCCAGACCGGCUCAAGGGUUCAGUGUGCAGCAAGAGCCUUCAACGCCAAUGGAGAUGCCGGUCUGGAGUUGUCCAGCCCCAUUGCUGUGAUCAGCAAGGAGGAGGGUAUGUGUCAGCCUCGUGUCCAAGGCACCGUUGGAGCUGAACCUUUCUCUGCUAAGAUCCGCUACACCGGUCCCGAUGACCCCGACUUCCCCAACCUCAUUAAACUCACUAUCAACAUGCCUCACAUGGAUGGCAUGUUACCAGUGAUCUCCACAAGAUCUCUGUCCAACUUCGAGCUCACCCUGAGUCCAGACGGCACUCGUGUGGGCAACCAUCGCUGCUCCAACUUGCUGGACUUCAACGAGAUCCAAACAGGCCACGGCUUCAUCACCGAUGCAACAAAGAACCCUGAAAUCAUUGGCGAGACUUCACCAUACCAGUACAGCCCGCUCAUGCGCUCAGCCAACUCUCUGCGCUUCUACAGGAACCUCAACCUGGAGGCCUGCCUCUGGGAGUUCACCAGCUACUACGACAUGUCAGAGCUGCUGAAUGACUGUGGAGGCUCCAUAGGCACAGAUGGACAGGUGCUGAACCUGGUCCAGUCCUACGUCACCCUGCGCGUCCCUCUGUUUGUGUCCUACGUCUUCCACUCUCCGGUGGCUGUGGGAGGCUGGCAGCACUUUGACCUGCAGUCGGAGCUCAAACUCACCUUUGUGUACGAUACGGCUAUUCUGUGGCAGGACGGCAUCGGCAGCCCACCUGAGGCUGAGCUACAAGGUUUCGUUGUGACAACUCUGUUUUCUGUUCUCCUAGGAGCCAUGUACCCAACCAGUAUGCGUAUCAACGAGGAGGGACGUCUGGUGGUUAACUUCAAGACAGAGGCCCGCUUCAGGGGACAGUUUGUUAUGUCUCAUCCAGGAACCAGCGUGUCAUCCAUGGUGAUGUGUGCUGACCACCCUGGGCUGACAUUCACUCUCGCCCUGGUCAGGACUGAGCCGACCUACAACCAGCCCAUGCAGCAGUGGAGCUUUGUCUCAGACUUUGCUGUGCGAGACUACUCCGGGACUUACACGGUGAAGAUUAUCGCCUGCAUUGCAUCACCCAAUGGAGAGUUCACCAUCCCUCCUGUCUGCCACCCAAGAGAGCCCCUUACCUUCGACAUGGACAUUCGCUUCCAGCAGGUGAGUGACCCGGUUGCAGCCGAGUUCAGCCUCAACACUCAGAUGUUCCUGCUGUCCAAGAAGGAGUUGUGGUUGUCUGACGGCUCCAUGGGCUUUGGAGAAGGGACUGAUGCUGCUUUUUCAGACGGCUCCAUGAUCUACGGUCGUGUGAUGGUGGACCCAGUCCAGAACCUGGGCGACUCCUUCUCCUGCAGCAUUGAAAAAGUCUUCCUCUGCACCGGAGCAGACGGCUACGUUCCCAAGUACAACCCCACCAACAAGGAGUAUGGCUGUCUGGCAGACGCUCCCUCUCUGCUCUACAGAUUUAAGAUCCUGGAUAAGGCCCAGCCAGAGACUCAAGCUUCAGCAUUUGGUGAUGUUGCUUUUAAGGCAACGCUGGCUCAAGACACACCUGGAGGUCUGCCUUUGGUCAUACAACCAGGAUCAGAUGGGUUCACACUCUCCUCCUCGCCACUUUUCCAGGUGGCAGCUGGUCGAGAAUGGUUCAUGCACACAAUCUACACAGUCCGCUCCCGAGAGAAUGCCAACCGCAACAUCGGCAAGCGCAGUGUUGAGUACCUGCAUCACAGCAUGUACUCUGUUGAGCAUCCUGAGACCUCCGACAUGGUUAGCCGCCACCGCCGGGCCGCCCCUGCUCUCGCUGACCCUGGCGUGGCCCAGGACAUCGGUGUCGAAAACAACCGAGGCACCAACAUCCAGCACAUCGCUCUGGACCGAGCGGACCGCAUGGUAGUCAGCCAGCGCCAGCCCUGGUCCCCUAACCGGGAGCCCUUACUGGAGAACCCCCUGCUGGAAAGUUCUGGCAGAGAACUGGCUGACACUUCCACCCUGCCGAUGUUGGUGGGUCUGGCAGGUGUGAUCCUUCUCAUCUGCCUCAUCGCCACUGUUGUCAUUCUUCUGCUGCGGCGCAAGAAGAGUGAAAAGAAGACCCAGUUCCCUCCUUACACCACCUCCUCUUCUUCUGCCUACAACGGCUAUAGCCAAGGCCCAGCAGGCAUGUGGAGCAGCGCAGACAACUCUGAAGUCUAAAUGUGGACCUGUUCCACCUCAAACACCUGUCCCUUAUUAAAAAGACUAUGAUAGUCUCCUCCACCAUUGUGCCUUUUACAGCCCAACUCUUGUAGCACUGAAUAGAGCCCAGUACGACCUGUGGACAGCACAAUAAGUCAGUGAUCGGGGCUCACAAUGCAGAAUGAGUUUUCAGGGACUUAUUGAUCUCUGAUGAUGGUUAGUUCUUGCUGUAAUGUACUGCAGGUUUUUGAAGCCUAUUUUGAAUCAUGGGUGUACGAAGAAGCCCCCCCCCCCCAAAAAAAGGAUUCACCUGCUUCAUUGGUUGCCAAAUUGUAAAAUACCCUGCUUAUCCAGUGCUUGCAAAUGCAUGAAAUCUCUAUUUAGUAAAUGCAAUUAUUUCACACAUUAAAGGCAAACUUGUUUAAAUAUAAGGAACAAAAUGUUCUAUGUUCCUCCUUUAAAGAUAAUUAGUUUACCAUGUUUUUUUUAUUUUUUAUUAUUAUUUACUGCGUUAAAUGGACUGAAUGUUAGUUGAAGCUGACCUUAAUGAAUGAUGUGAUAAGUGAUUUUUAGUAUUGGUAUUUAACUGUUGUGCUUUAAAAAGCCCCCAGUAUACCUGCCCACUGCAGAGUUACAAUACCAAUAUGGUGUCAUUGAAAGGGAUUGUAAAUGUUUUUUUUUUUUUUUUUUUAACAUUUUUUCAGGUCAAUGUGGCUGAAUUCAGAUGCAAAACUAUCUGUGUACAUAUCAAUGUAGGACUAUGAAAAAAGGUAUUACUACACCCUGGUGAAACUUGAAAAAUUAUGAACUCUACGUAUCUCUGGUUUGUCGAUCAAGUCCUGAAAAAAUUGUAGUUAAAAAGUUUGAAUUAUUCUUCCACAGGUGACAGUUUAUUUUAAUGUGCCAAUUGUUAGCAGACUUCUAUGGCUUAUUG